AUGUUGUUGCCUCCCGGUUUUCACACCGAGAAACCAAACCAAGUCUGCAGGUUACUUCGUUCUCUCUACGGCCUUAAGCAAGCAAGCCGGCAGUGGAACGCCAAGCUAAGUGCAGCCUUAUCUAGCAUGGGUUUCAAGCAGUCCAAGGCGGAUCCGUCCUUGUUUACCAAAGGAAAAGAUGACAGAUUCAUUGCCGUUCUUGUCUACGUCGAUGAUAUAUUAGUCACUAGUCCGGAUUUACAGUUGAUUGAUGAUCUCAAACUAUACGUUGAUGAUGCUUUCAAAAUUAAAGACCUGGGAGAGCUAGGCUACUUCUUAGGAAUUGAGGCAAAAAGAGAUGCCUCGGGUCUGAAUCUUUGCCAAAGAAAGUACGCCCUUGACAUCCUCUCCGAGGCAGGAUUCCUUGAAUGUAAGCCAGCCAACAUGCCAAUGGUGCCCGGCUACCAUUUACAGCAUAGUGAUGGGGAGUUACUCAGCGAUGUUAGUAGUUAUAGAAGGCUCAUUGGUAGAAUUUUAUACCUCACCGCCAUCAGGCCAGAUAUCAUAUAUGCUGUACAUCAACUGAGCCAGUUCAUUGAUGCCCCAACCGAUAAACAUAUGAGUGCUGCCCACAGAGUUCUCCGGUACAUCAAAAGUGCGCCUGGGCAAGGGCUGUUCUACGCCAAAGGGGAUGACUUACAGCUCAAUGUCUUCUCAGACUCGGAUUGGGCCUCAUGUAUCGAAACACGAUGCUCUAUAAUAGGUUAUUGCAUUUUUCUCGGCUCCGCUCUUAUCUCUUGGAAAUCAAAGAAGCAAGUGACAGUCUCACGUUCAUCCUCCGAGGCAGAAUACAGAGCGCUUGCCUCUACUGUUUGUGAAGUUCAAUGGAUCACAUACUUACUAUCAGACCUACAAAUGCCUAUGCAAAGAGCAGCAGUUGUAUUCUGCGAUAAUAAGUCGGCAGUAGCUAUAGCAGAGAACCAAGUCUUUCACGAAAGGAUGAAGCACAUCGAGAUAGAUUGCCACUUGGUUAGGGAGAAAGUAUCUAACGGCUUGAUCAAGCUCCUACCUAUCUCGUCCUCAAACCAAGUUGCAGACGGCUUCACAAAGCCUCUUCCCAUUACUCUGUUCAAAUUCUUCUUCUCUAAGUUGGGCAUUCAGGAUCUGCAUGUGCCAACUUAUGUGGGGGUGUUGAAAGAAGCCAAGAAGGGCAUUAAGGACAACAGUCAAGAGGGGCACUAA